AUGCUGUUCCUUUCUAUGAAUUCCGUCAUCGAGUCAGUUUUCACAUGCCACAUACUCAACGUGAUGUGGAGCUCACCCGUGAUUUUCCGCAGCUGGAGCUCCUUCGGGAUUCUGACAGGACCUCUGGCGCUUCUGUUGAUCAUUCUUCUCAACGACAUGUUCUACGCUCCUGCUCAUCGAUUGCUGCAUCAUCCGUCCAUCUACCCUUACAUUCACAAACACCAUCAUCGGUCAGUCUAUCCCACGCGUGGAAACAUCGAUGCUCGCAACGAGCAUCCUGUCGAGCAGUUGAUUGCGAUGUUCUUAUGGAUGUGUGCCGUGCAGAUAACUGCCCACACGGUCGGCCUGCAUGCGGCUGCCCUGGGUACCCAUCUCGCCCUCAUGACGACGGGAGCUUCGCUCAACCACGCGGGGUUCGACUUCGAAGUCCGCUUCCUAGGUGUGGACUGGUAUUCGACCGGCGCCCACGAAAUGCACCACCGCCGGCCAGACAGAAAUUUUGGACAAUUUACAAUGCUUUGGGACAAGCUCAUGGGAACCUACAUUCCCUACGAUGACGGAUCGGAACCAGCAAAGCGACGUCUGGAACAAAAGGCCGACUAA